UUGUCUCAUUGAAGGGGGAGGGGAGUGAAAGUAUAGAGGAAGAGAGGGGGAUUUAACAUUCACAAAAAAGGCGACACCAACAGAGAAUGCGCGAUGGAGAAAAAUGACAGAGGUGAGGAAGAGGAGGAAGAACAGAGGCGAGAGAGGGGGGAGGCAGGUCGUUUGUAUAGUUUGUGCCCCACUGGGAAGAAGUUCCGGAGCAAGCCUCAAUUGGCUCGUUACCUUGGUAACUCCAUGGAUCUCAGCUCCUUUGAUUUCCGCACGGGCAAGAUGCUCAUGAGCAAACUGAACAAGAACAGACAGAGACCCCGGUAUGACAACAAUAGCCAGACUAAGGGCAAACCCGACCUGAAUACAUCCCUCCCAGUACGACAGACAGCCUCCAUCUUCAAACAGCCCGUCACAAAAGUUACCAACCACCCCAGCAAUAAGGUUAAGACAGACCCACAGAAGGCCAUUGACCAGCCCAGACAGCUUUUCUGGGAGAAGAAGUUGGGUGGCCUCAAUGCUUUUGACAUAGCAGAGGAGCUGGUGAAAACAAUGGAUCUCCCCAAAGGCUUACAAGGUGUAGGCCCUGGAUGCACAGAUAAGACCCUGUUGUCAGCGAUUGCCAGUGCCCUUCACACCAGUGCGGCUCCCAUCACUGGCCAGCUGUCCGCCGCUGUGGAGAAGAACCCGGGAGUCUGGCUCAACACGGCUCAGCCUCUCUGUAAGGCCUUCAUCGUCACAGAUGAGGAUAUCAGAAAGCAAGAGGAGCUGGUGUACAGCGUUCGGAAGCGACUGGAAGAGGCUUUGAUGGCCGACAUGUUGGCCCAAGUGGAGGAAACAUCUAGUGAGGGAGACACACUCAAACAGGAGGGAAAUUGUAAUGAAGACAAACAGGAAGUAUAGCAAAGGGUAUUCAAAUGUGUCUGAAAUACCUGCACAUGAGUUUCCCAACACUGAUCAACACACCACGUGAUCAUCUCCCAGCUUCGCUGAAAAUCCAUGUUCGCCCACCAGUUGGGAUCUCACAGAGACUGUUUGCUCGGUUUUAUUAUUAUCAUUUUUUAAUAUUCUGAACGUUUUCUGAAAGAACAAAAUGUUGGAAAAGUUUAACAGUUGAACUGCCUUCUGCAUUAAAUGUUUUAAGGUUUUUUUUUAGGGGGUAUUUGGAUUUGAUUCGGAGAUACAACAAUCAAGUCAAAAAUACAAUCCUCCCGUUCUAGUGGGUGCUAAACUUUAUCACAGCUGAUCUGUUGAUUAUUCUCUGUGACUAAAAAAUGUUUAAAUCUCUGUCAAAAAGAGAAAAUAUUGACUUUGCUCCCUGUUAGUAUUGUUUGAACAAUAUUCCUAAUUUCAAGUUGAAAAUCAGUAUUAUGCAGUUCAAAUUCAGUUUUUAUGUGUUUUUCUCAAUACCAAAUGUUUUAUCAGGGACAAGGCUUUGAUAAACAUUAAUAAGUUACAAAGUGUGAAGGCGUGGUUUGGUUUUCUUUCAGAUUUUCUGUUUUCGACUCAUCUGGUGCUUGUUAAAACUGCCUGAUUUUUUUCUUCAUAAGCUGUUCAUACUUGACACUGAAAAACAUUUCCACAGUCUGAACCUGGAAUUGAAAUGUGAAUGGUGAUUCAUAAAAUGUGACACGUGAUUUAUACUUAGUGAUGUGUAAACAUCCUGUGAAAAGCAACUUAACUAAACAUUUUGCUGGGUGAAAAGUAUGUUUUUAUAAAAAAUGCUUUGUUCAUUGCCCACAUCAUCACAAUGAUGUCCAUGUUCUCUUCUACAUUUCCUAAAAUAAAAUGUUCCUGUGUUGAAUAUC